AUGAGCAAUGUUGAGUGUCAUGGAGGUCCAGUCUGUGAGAAUGGGGACAGCCAGCCUGUUCCUGAGUGUCUACUUAGUUUCAGACAGCAGACUGCACUGAAGAAGAAACACUCACUCAAUGUGGUGAGUGUCAUGGCAGACCAGUCUGUUAGGAUGGUGACAGCCAUCGUGUUGCAGAGUGUCUUCUUCCUCUCAGGUGCUUCUGCCUCUUGUUAUUGGAGAUCAGAUCUAUCCAUUACUGCACCAGAAGAGAUAGAAGGACUGACUGGAUCUUGUUUGCAAAUUCCAUGUAACUUCAGAGUUAAAUCAGAAGAGAAAUUCAACAGCACAACAACAACCUUUGGAGUGUGGCUUAAAAACCACUUUUACUUCGACAAACAUCCAAAUAAUGUGAUUUUCAACAGUAGUGGGACAGUUUCCACAUAUCCGAUGACUUUUACUGGAGACCUGAGCCAGAAAAACUGCACCACUUUAUUUUCUAGUUUAAAGACAACAUACACAGGCAAAUACUACUUCAGGAUUGAGAACCGACCAUUUCUUGCAACAGCUCAUUGUGAUCCUCUGCUAAUAACAGUUAAAGAUUCUCCUCCAAAGCCCAGCAUUGAGAUCCCAGGUGAUCUGAAGGAGAAGGAGCCUGUCUCUAUAAGCUGCUCAGCUUCCACUUCUUGUCCACACUCUCUUCCUCAACUCACCUGGAACCUCCAACCAGACUCUCACAACAUGACAGAGAAAAACACAGAUGGAACCUUCACAACUAAAAUCCAGAAGAGCAUCACUCUGUCACAUGAACAUGAUGGAUUCAUCAUCACCUGUUCUGCCAGAUAUCCUGUGAAUGAAGGAAAGGGUGUGAAGACGUCAGAGGAGACAAAGACUCUCAGUGUUUCAUAUGCUCCCAAGAACACCUCAGCGUCCAUCAGUCCAUCAGGUCUGGUGUCAGCAGGUAGCUGGGUGAUCCUGACCUGCUCCAGCAGAGCCAAGCCUCCUGUGAGCUUCACCUGGUUCAAGACCAGCAGAGAUGGACCAAUCAAAGUAUCUGAAGGAGCCUUUUACAUCGUUAAUGUCACUGAUGGAGGAGUUUAUUACUGUGUGGCCACCAAUCAGCUUGGUGAUCAAACAUCCUCAGAGAUACAUCUGACUAUAGGAGGUGAUCAACUGGUUGGUGCUCAAGUCAUCGUGAAGGUCCUGGGAAUCAUUCUGCUUGUCACUACUUUGGUCAUCUUUGAGUGCUGGUUGAAAUCAAGACGCUACAGCAAACCACAGGAGGUAAGAUAUCAGAAGAGGAGAGAUAUUUCAUGAUCAUGUCCUUGUUUGGUUUACAACAUUCACACAGGAAUAAUCCUUCAAUGGUGGUGAUGUUUAAAGAGCAGAGUCUCCUCCAAUGCAGUGAAGCACGUCUCCAAAUGAAUGCUGAUGAUGCUCUGUGUCUGCUGGAUGCUGUCUUUACUAAGCUGUGCAUAAAAGCUUCUAUAAAGUGAUUCCAUUUAUUCAACCAUGAAAAAAAAAUAUCCCAAAUGAAAACCUAUAAAAAUGAAGAGUUUGUAAAGACUAUUAAAACACAACAUUGUUAGAACAGCUUUCAACCUGCAUUAAUUUAUUGAAUGUUUAUUGAAUGAAGAGGGCCAGUGCAUGAAGCUGUAAACACAAGACAUUUUUAUCACUUUAUGAAGAUGUUAUGGUGAAUAUUAUUGUAUUGUAUUAGAGUGUGUGUGUGUGUGUGUGUAUGUAUGUUACAUCCGUCAUGAGCCAGAAGAGAAAGAAGAUGCCAUGAAGCCGUACCAUCUUUUUUGUAUUCAUUAACAAUGUGUGUAUCUUUUCUCUUAAUACUUUUAAUGGUAUUGUAUUCUAUUCUUUAAAGAUGAAUGGUAAAUAAUGUUUAUAAGCGUAGUGUGUUCAUAACACUACUGUGUUCUUAAAAUGAUCAAUUAAACAUCCUGUUAUAUUUGAUCUUGUGUUGAUUGGAUGUAAAGCGUGUAAAGUGAAUACAAAUUUCACUAAGCAGAAAGUGUUGUGAUUCAUUCUGUCUGAAUGAAAUCACAGCU